GAAACCGGCCUUAGUAUAUAAAACCCCCAUUACCAAAAUACAUAACACCACUCAACAAGUAGCCAAAGUUUACAAAUCAAAUAUCAUCAGAGAGCUCCUUCAUUAUUCUUGGAUUUAAAUAACCCCCCUUCAUUACAUUGACUUGCUCUUCCCUUUAAAUAUUUGAUGUCAUGAGCUCACCUACUGUCCCCAAUUUGCCAUUUGCCUAGGAAUAUUAAUAACAUGUCACAGAAACUUCGAUCCCCACAACAACAACAAGAUCGUCAAUAAACCCAGAAGAUCAGCAAUCCUUUUUGUUCGAUUUAGCGACCUACUUCAUCAUCAUCAUCAUGGAUUUUUCAGACUACCCAACAGGCAAGUCUCCAAGAAGAGAGCUCCAACUCCAGGGUCCACGUCCAACACCUCUCAAGAUUCAUAAAGAUUCCCACAAGAUCAAGAAGCCACCGAUUGUUCCUCAACCCUCGCAACCUAAUCAGCCUCACCAGCCGCCUCGACAACCGGUUAUAAUCUACACAGUCUCGCCGAAGAUCAUUCACACAAACCCUAGCGACUUCAUGAACCUCGUCCAACGCCUCACCGGAUUACCUCGCUCCAAUUCUUCUGCUUCUUGUUCUUCCUCGUCUCCUCGAAAUGAUCAAAACACUAAUGGAGGCGGUGGUGAAUCGACAAUGGAGCAGUCUAGGUCGUCGGAUCAUGAAGGAAUCAUGGACAUGGAUGAUGAUGAUCGUGAUCGUGAUGCUGAUGUGAAGCAGCAAAGGGGUUUGUUUCCGGGGAUCUUGUCGCCAGCUCCGGGUGCGCUUCCUCCGAUUCCUUCAAGCUUCUUCUCUCCGGCGGCGGAUAGCUUCUUCCAUGAUUUGAGCCCGGUACUUCAUGGUAACAGGAACUUCAUAGAAGGUAGCUUCAUGCCUAGUCCGUCCAACUUCUUUUCCCCUACUCCGUCCAUUGACUUAUUCAACAAUUUUUCCGAUUUAUAGUUUGUCUUUCUUUUUCAAAUUCUUUGCAAGUGAAUGAAAGAUUUAUUCAGAAUAGAGUUUUCUGGGUUUGUCUUUUCAGAGAUAGAGUUUUUUUUUUCCGAUGAAAUUCAGAGAUAGAGUUUUGGCGAUGAAGAAAAUUAUAGAAAUGAAACUAGUGAGGAGGCAAGUUGGAAAGUUAUUAAUUAGUUGAUAGUUUAAUAGUGUGGGUCAUAGGAUGAUGGAUCAUGCAGUACUUGGAUGCAAACAUCUUAUGAUUCAUUCAUUAUCCUUUUGUUUUUGAUACCAUUUUUUGUCACGUACUCUUUGGCGUGUAAUUUGCAAACAUAUUAGUUGACCUUUCCCAUUGUUGUUUU